AAUUAAAACUUUUUUCAAUGAAGUUGGGGCCCAAGAGGCAAUAAAACCCAGCAGCAGCGUAUAAGUUCCGGAGCGGCUCCGUCCGUAUCUUCCCGACCUCCUUUGUUUUCGACAAACCCUCCCUCCCUCUCAAACUGUCACCCCUUUCCGUACGUCCAUUCAAACAUUUCCUCUUUCUUAUAUUCUUCUUUUUCUCUCUUCACUUUCAAACACAAACCCUAAUUCACUUUCUACCAAUUCAUUCGCAAACACCUUUUCCAAUUUCAAACACACACCAACCAUGGGCUACGAAGACAAUCCGUAUCGUGACGAGGACGGAGAGCCCUUGAUGGACUACGACGACAUUCAAUCCGAUCGCGAGCCAUCUCCAGAGCCUCGCCGCCAGGACGACGAUUUCGAUGAGGACGUCGACGAGUGGCGCGGCCGUGAUCGGUCGCAGACGCCGGUCUAUGACACCGAUCCGUCGCGGUCGAAGCCGCGGAAGAGGCUGAUCAAGAAGAGCGACGCCGGGAAGCAGGCGGUGGAGCCGGAGCUUGAGGAUGAGGACGUGGAGGGGUAUGUUCCGGAGGCGAUGUUCGACGAGGCGGACACUGGAAGGAAGAGGAAGAAGGGGAAGGAGGGUGGGAGUGGGAAGAAGGAGAAGAGGAUGAAGGGGGAGAAGAGUUUUGGGAGCAGCGGUGGGAAGAGUGGGUCCAAAUUUGGGAGUGGAAAGAAAGGGUUUGGUGGGAAGGCAGGGAAGGAUCAUGAUGGUGAAGUUAAGGAGAUGUGGGAUACAAUUGCUGGGGGAGAUUCUGAGGAUGAUCAAGAGGGUGUCAGGAAUGUGGAUGAUGACAACUUCAUAGAUGACACUGGAGUGGAACCUGCUUAUUAUGGUAGUGAUGAACCACGUUCUCCUGUUGAUGCUCCCCAGGCGGAGGAGGGUGAAGAGGAUGAAGAAAUUAAGGAUCUUUUCAAGAUAGGUAAGAAAAAGAAGAAGAAUGAGAAAAGUCCAGCAGAAAUAGCGUAUUUAGUUGAGACUGUCAUGGCUGAGCUUGAGGUUACAGCUGAGGAGGAUGCUGAACUUAAUAGACAGGGAAAGCCUGCCAUUAAUAAACUCAAGAAGUUGAAUCUUCUGACUGAAGUCCUCUCAAAGAAACAGCUUCAACUAGAGUUUUUAGAUCAUGGAGUGCUAACUUUAUUGAAGAAUUGGCUUGAGCCACUUCCUGAUGGAAGCUUGCCAAAUAUAAAUAUACGCUCGGAAGUUUUGAAGAUAUUGAAUGAUUUUCCUAUAGAUCUAGAGCAGUAUGAUAGAAGAGAACAGCUGAAAAAGAGUGGUCUGGGAAAGGUCAUUAUGUUUUUAUCAAAGUCUGAUGAAGAAAUCAGUGCAAAUAGGAAACUAGCCAAGGAGCUGGUUGAUAAGUGGAGCCGGCCUAUAUUUAAUAAGAGUACCCGGUUUGAAGACAUGAGAAAUGUGGAGGAUGAUAGGGUUCCUUAUCGGAGGCCAUCAGUUAAAAAGCCGGCAAAUAAAUCUGCAGGAAUGGAAUCUAGGGACAGUGAUCUUGAUUUGGAACUUUCACAGCCUAGGUCUGGACAGUCCUCUUCUAGGCAGCAUGCAUCAAGGCCGGAAGCAACACCUUUGGAUUUUGUGGUCCGUCCCCAGUCUAAAAUUGAUCCAGAAGAAAUUAGAGCACGAGCAAAACAAGCUGCACAAGAUCAGCAGCGUAUGAAGAUGAAUAAGAAAUUGCAGCAAUUGAGGGCACCAAAAAAGAAGCAGCUUCAGGCUACAAAACUGAGCGUGGAAGGUCGUGGUAUGAUCAAAUAUUUAUAAAUGUGUCCACGUUGAUACUGGACGGGUUUGUUUGUCCUGCUGCAAGCUCUCAUAUAAUGUGCUGCCUGCAUUAAUGUGGAUUCUUCUGAAGGUGGAGAUCCAGUGAGCUCGAUAAAUGGAAAUUUGAAGGAGAGGGAUGUCAUGAAAAUACAUCCGUAUACUGCAUUUGUGUAUUCAUUUAGUGCAGCAGGAAACCCAAAAUACAUGUGACGGUUAUGCAUUCGUCUAUUAUUUCGUUUUCUGUUGAAUAAUCAUCAUGCUUGUCAUCAAUUUAAUGAAUAUGUGGAUUUUGCAUUCGUCAUUGGUAGAAGUAAUUUUUGUUGUGCAGCACUGCAGCAGUAAUGCCAACCAAAAUACACUGGAUGGUUAUGUACAUGUUUAUGAUUUUUGUUUUUCAAUUGAAUAAUCAAGCUUCUGUUAUCAA